AUGGCAGUCGGCGCUCUUGCCAAAUCCGAUGGCAAGGACUACCCCGGGAACAUGACCGUCUUCGUCUUCCUCGCCUGCCUCGUCGCUUCCUCAGGCGGUCUCAUCUUCGGCUACGACAUUGGCAUCUCAGGUGGUGUGACGUCGAUGGACCCGUUCCUGAUCCGGUUCUUCCCGUCGGUGUACGCCAAGGAGCAGGAGGUAGUGGAGACGAACCAGUACUGCAAGUUCGACAGCGCGCUGCUGACGCUCUUCACCUCGUCGCUCUACCUCGCCGCCCUCGUCGCCUCCCUCUUCGCCUCCGUCACCACAAGGAAGUUUGGCCGCAGGAUGACCAUGCUCGGCGGCGGCGUCACCUUCCUCGUCGGCGCCAUCCUCAACGGCUUCGCCUUGAACAUCGCCAUGCUCAUCAUCGGCAGGAUCCUCCUGGGCGUCGGUGUCGGCUUCAGCAAUCAGGCCGUUCCUCUGUACCUGUCCGAGAUGGCGCCGGCGAAGAUGCGCGGCAUGCUCAACAUCAGCUUCCAGCUCAUGAUCACACUGGGCAUCCUGGCCGCCAACCUCAUCAACUACUUCACGGCCAAGAUCUCCGGCGGCUGGGGAUGGCGCAUCAGCCUGGGUCUCGCCGCCGUCCCAGCCGUCAUCAUGGCCGGUGGCUCCAUCUUCCUCCCAGACACGCCCAACUCCCUCGUCGCCCGCGGCAAGGAGGAGGAGGCGCGCGCUAUGCUCCGUCGCAUCCGCGGCACCCACGACAUCGGCCUCGAGUACGACGACCUCCUCGCUGCCAGCGAGGCUUCCAAGGCCAUCGACAACCCGUGGAAGACUCUCCUAGAGCGCCGCUACAGGCCGCAGCUGGCGAUGGCCAUCCUGAUCCCGACGCUGCAGCAGCUCACCGGCAUCAACGUGGUGAUGUUCUAUGCCCCCGUGCUUUUCAAGACCAUCGGCUUCGGUGGCACCGCCUCGCUCAUGUCCUCCGUCAUCAGCGGCGGAGUCAACAUGCUCGCCACCUUCGUCUCCAUCGCCACCGUUGACCGCCUCGGCCGCCGCAAGCUCCUCCUCGAAGGUGGCUGCCAAAUGAUCAUUGCCCAGUUCUUGCUUGGGACUCUGAUCCUGAUCAAGUUCGGAACAGACGGCGUGGCGAACAUCUCGCGCUCGUACGCGAUCGGCGUGGUGUUCUGCAUCUGCGUGUUCGUGUCGGCGUUCGCGUGGUCAUGGGGGCCGCUGGGGUGGCUGGUGCCGAGCGAGAUCUUCCCACUGGAGAUCCGGUCGGCGGCGCAGAGCAUGGUGGUGGUGUUCAACAUGGCCUUCACCUUCAUCAUCGCGCAGAUCUUCCUGAUGAUGCUCUGCCGCCUCAAGUUCGGCCUCUUCUACUUCUUCGGCGUCUGCGAGCUCCUCAUGACAGCCUUCAUCUACUUCUUCCUGCCGGAGACCAAGGGGAUCCCCAUCGAGGAGAUGGACAGGAUCUGGGGAAGGCACUGGUACUGGAAGCGAUUCGUCGAAGACGGCGGCAGCCGCAAGGUCCAGAUGGCAUCCACUGCCGUAUGA